AUGAAGAAGAGGAGAAAGGUUACUUCACAUCUUGACGAGAAGAUCCAUCUAGGCUACCAUAAAGAUUCCCCGGAAGGAAAUGUUGUAGAGGACUGUGACCAAGUAACCUACACUCAUUCCACAGAAAGACCAGCUCCUGAAACCCUACGCUGUUAUCAGGAACUUCCUCCCUCCCCGGAUCAGAGGAAACUUCUGAGUUCUUUGCAGUACAAUAAGAACUUGCUGAAGUAUUUGAAUGAUGACAGGCAGAAGCAACCGUCUUUCUGUGACUUACUUAUCAUAGUAGAAGGAAAAGAAUUUAGCGCCCAUAAAGUUGUCGUUGCUGUUGGCAGUAGUUAUUUCCAUGCAUGUUUGAGCAAAAAUCCGAGCACGGAUGUUGUCACCCUGGAUCACGUAACGCACUCCGUUUUUCAGCAUUUGCUUGAAUUUCUUUACACAUCAGAAUUUUUUGUGUACAAAUAUGAAAUCCCUCUUGUUUUAGAGGCUGCAAAAUUUCUGGAUAUUAUAGAUGCAGUUAAGCUGCUAAAUAACGAAAAUGUUCCCACUUUUCAGUCUGAGCUAACGGAAAAGUCAUCACCAGAAGAAACACUAAGUGAAUUAACUGGAAGACUAUCAAGUAAUCAUCAGUGUAAAUUCUGUAGUAGACAUUUUUGUUAUAAGAAGUCUUUAGAGAAUCAUUUGUCGAAAACCCAUAGGUCCCUUUUAUUAGGGAAAAAACAUGGGUUAAAAAUGCUGGAGAGAAGUUUUUCCACAAGAAGAUCAAAACGGAAUCGAAAGUGCCCUGUUAAGUUUGAGGACACCAGUGAUGAUGAACAAGAAAGUGGUGAUGGGUCAGACAAUUUAAAUCAAGACAGUUUUGAUAAGGAAAAGUCAGACAGAAAUGAUUCUGAGGAUCCCGGAAGUGACUAUAAUGCUGAAGAAGAUGAGCUAGAGGAGGAAAUGUCAGAUGAAUAUUCUGACAUUGAAGAACAGAGUGAAAAAGAUCAGAAUGAUGCAGAAGAGGAGCCGGAGGCCGGUGAUUCUGUCGGAAGCAUUCAUGAGGGGUUAACCCCUGUAAUCAUUCAGAACAGUAACAAAAAAAUAUUGCAGUGUCCCAAAUGCGAUAAGACAUUUGACCGCAUAGGGAAAUAUGAGAGCCACACACGUGUUCACACAGGUGAGAAGCCCUUUGAGUGUGAUAUUUGCCACCAGCGCUAUUCAACAAAGUCUAACCUAACUGUUCACAGAAAGAAGCACAGUAAUGAAACAGAAUUUCAUAAGAAGGAGCACAAGUGCCCUUACUGUAAUAAACUUCAUGCAAGCAAGAAGACUUUAGCCAAGCAUGUUAAGAGAUUUCAUCCUGAAAAUGCACAGGAAUUUAUUUCCAUUAAGAAGACUAAGAGUGAAAGUUGGAAGUGUGAUAUUUGUAAGAAAUCUUUUACUCGAAGACCACACUUGGAGGAACAUAUGAUUCUCCAUUCUCAAGACAAACCUUUUAAGUGCACCUAUUGUGAAGAACAUUUCAAAUCACGAUUUGCACGGUUGAAACAUCAAGAAAAGUUCCAUCUGGGUCCUUUCCCGUGUGAUAUAUGUGGUCGCCAGUUUAAUGACACUGGAAAUUUGAAACGCCAUAUAGAGUGUACCCAUGGUGGAAAGAGAAAAUGGACUUGCUUUAUCUGUGGAAAAUCAGUACGAGAAAGAACUACUUUGAAAGAACAUUUGAGAAUCCAUAGUGGAGAAAAGCCUCAUCUCUGUAGUAUCUGUGGACAAAGUUUUCGUCAUGGAAGCUCAUACAGACUUCACUUACGAGUACAUCAUGAUGAUAAAAGAUACGAGUGUGAUGAAUGUGGGAAAACCUUCAUUCGUCAUGAUCACCUUACGAAGCACAAGAAGAUACACUCAGGUGAGAAGGCUCAUCAGUGUGAAGAAUGUGGAAAAUGCUUUGGCCGUAGGGAUCAUCUCACUGUUCAUUAUAAAAGUGUACACCUUGGAGAGAAGGUGUGGCAAAAAUAUAAAGCAACCUUUCAUCAAUGUGAUGUUUGUAAGAAAAUUUUUAAAGGCAAAUCAAGUCUGGAAAUGCAUUUUCGGACACAUUCAGGUGAAAAACCAUACAAGUGUCAAAUUUGCAAUCAAUCUUUUAGAAUUAAGAAAACUUUAACAAAACACCUGGUCAUUCAUUCUGAUGCCCGGCCUUUCAACUGUCAGCACUGUAAUGCAACAUUUAAACGGAAGGACAAGCUGAAAUACCACAUUGACCACGUUCACGGCAUAAAGUCUCCUGAUGACCCUCUCAGUGCUUCUGAGGAAAAACUCAUGUCCCUGCCGGUAGAGUACUCAUCUGAUGAUAAGAUCUUUCAAACAGAAACAAAACAAUACAUGGACCAGCCCAAAGUCUACCAGUCGGAAGCCAAGACCAUGCUACAGAACGUGUCUGCCGAAGUGUGUGUCCCGGUGACGCUGGUCCCGGUGCAGAUGCCUGACACACAGGGUGACCUGGUGCGCCACACCACCACCCUCCCGCCCCCCGCUCACGAGAUCUUGUCGCCACAGCCGCCGGCUGCGGAUUACCCUCGAGCCGCUGACCUAGCUUUUCUGGAGAAAUACACGCUUACUCCUCAGCCUGCAAAUAUAGUUCACCCAGUCCGACCCGAACAGAUGCUCGAUCCUAGAGAACAGUCUUAUCUUGGAACGUUACUGGGCCUUGAUGCCACCACUGCUGUACAAAACAUAUCUAACAGUGAGCAUCAUUCGUGA